AUGUAGAACCAGUUUAGUGUUGUUGCUGCAAAUUCAAUCAACUUUUUGUUUUGUUUAUAGCAAAAUUAUUUAUUUGAUUUGGUUAACCAAUUUUUUGAAUGGCUGGAACAGAUGUUUGCACCAGCAGCAUCUUUGGCCUGGUAACGCAACUAGCCAGAUUUUUGUGCCACGGCGAGGCCUAUUUUAACCUAAACCGCGACUGUGAGCCAACAGAUGCAACUGUAAAUUCCGAUGUAGCUAAAAGAAGAAUACAAAUCUAUGAAGCCCUUUUGAUGGGCAAUGGAGGGGGGAGCAAGGAUAAUGAUGAGAACGGGGAUGGGGAUGGUGUAGAGAGCCAACUUCAGCAAUUCGACAACCCGGAAUUGCUUGAAAUGCACAAACUAAUCGAAGAGCAAGUGGAUCAGCAGCUGGGCCAGAAGAUUGCCCAGCUGCUAUUGACUCUAUCAAAUCCAACGGACGCACUCCGGGAAACAAGUGGCGUGUUGCCACAAAAAACCGGCAUAAAAAUGAGACUUUUGAAACCAAAGCCUUUUAAAUUAGAAGAGCAGCCCGAAAUUGAGGUAAUGCCCACAGAGCCGAAGAUGUUUAGAUCAGUUGGCUUCAUGCGAUCCCAAACGAAGCCCCUAGACUAUCAGUUUAAGUCCAACCUGAUCACAGAGAAUGUUCGUGCAUUGCGUGAGACUUUAAAACAGAAGGCAAUCAAUGCUGCUACGGGGAAUGCUGAUAAGUUAGUGCAAAAUGUCUUUCAGGACUCCGUGUCACGCAUCAGAGACUACAAAGAUCGUGUACGUCCAAUAUGCCCGCGAGUUAAAAGCAACAAACAAGCUUCAUCUUCAAAUUCAAGCAUUGGUAGCGGCGGUAGCGGCGGUGUCAACAUGUUUCAAGAAUCAAUGGCGCGUAUCAAUGAACUAAAGGAACAGGACCCAGUUGAACUCAAAAAGGGCAAUAUGUUUAAAGAUUCAAAGGAACGCCUCAAAGAGACCAAUGGGGGGGAAGUAGAAGUCUACCAUUUAGCAUCAAAAGUGUCUUCCACAUCUCUUGAUUCGCUAACCCGCAGGACGUCGGAAUUGUCAAUGAAAACACCAGCUGCCCGCAAGGCGCUAGAACCAAAGAUUGACCUUUCAUUUAAGCCUCGGCCAGAGAAGAGCUUUUUAUCCGAUUUAAACAUCACCAACGAUAUCAAAAUGCACUUUGAUCCCAACUUGGAGCUGAAAUAUAUUAAAUUACCUGAUCUCAUUGAGCAUUUAAAGUUUGCUGCAGCUGGCCUGCAGUCGGAGACAUUUUCGUUCGUGGGACAAGAUAGUUUCCACAUAAAUCCCAACUGCACCCUGGCCACAGUGUUACCGGAAGUAUUGGCAGAUUUCGCAGUACCCUUCUUAGAAUCUGGGUGGUGCUAUCGUCGCUUGACUAUGCGCACCCAGUGGGUGAAACCUCACUUAAUGGAACGCCCUUUAAAUAGAACCCUACGUAAAUCCAUUAUCGCAUUCCUGACAACCAAUCGUCAGUUUUUGCUCUGCCAACCGGCCAAGGAAUUGUCGCAGUUGGUUAGAAGUUCUCUAAUUGCCAUGCAGUUAAUGCACCAUUUGGAGGCACUCUUUCAAAGUCAACCCAUAUUAAACUUGCGAACGGGCACUCCGGGUGCAUUUCUUAUAAGCUUCAUGUGGUCAACGAUUGAGUCAUGCAACAAUAGCAAAUUUCUGCAACUACUUAUCCACUUAUUCAAAUCCAUUUGCGUCACAUACUAUGGCCAACUGGAGAAUUGGGUCUUUCGUGGUAGAUUGGAUGAUACCUUCAAUGAGCUUUUCAUUUCUCGUAGUGCUCUUGACGCUGAUCUAUUGGAUGAGCGUAGCAAAGAAUUCUUUGACAAGGGUUACCGGGUAAUAGAUGGGGAAGUGCCAGGAUUUCUACAUGGAUGCCAGCAAGCCAUACUUCAAUGUGGAAAAUAUAAUCAAGUGCUCAAAGCAUAUAAUGCACAGCACCCUAUCUUGGAAUGGAAAUUUCCCAGCAUCGUUGUCUGUGUAACCGAGGAGCAAGUGGACAAGAUGCGCUCCACAAUGCAAUGUAGUUAUACACCCAUUCUCCAGCGCUAUGAGAAAUGCAGCAUGCAAAGCAUUUUUGAGCAGCGUUUGGCCUCUAAACAUCGCUUUGGUAACCGUAUGGUGGAGCAAACGCAAGCCCAUUUGAUAAAUUGGGAGAGGCAGCAGCAUGAACUAUUCCUCAAGGCUACCGCAAAGAGUCAACAGCUCUGCGAUGAGUUAAAUGCACAAAUGGAAGAACAGCGGCAACGUCGCAUAGAGCAGCGUCGGCUAGAGAUUGCUCAAGAACUGGCGAUUCAACGAAGAUGCGAGCAACAGAAGGAAAUUAUAUUGCAACGUGAAAAGGAUGAGUUACUAGCAGAAAUAGCCAAACUGCAGGGAAUGCAAAAACUGAAGGAAGACGUUAAUUAUAAAGAAGAUGAGGAAACGGAAGCAGAUGGUAAAACGGAAACAGAGGAGGUCUUCAGUCCAGAUCAAAGCAGUAGCAGUGGUCGUAGUUUUGUGUCAUGUCUGGAGGGACCACCAUCGAUCGAUAUGGAAACAGAGGCGGCUACCCCACUGCCGCACUCUGCUCCAGAAUAUCAACGCAGUCACUCGGAUGUAAUCAACUCAAAUGAUGCCAUGUCCACCAGUGAUUCCAUUAGCUCGCGGAAUCGCCAACAUAUAAUGUCCUCUGAGCAGUUUCAGGAAUGCUAUUUGGCGACAAAAGUAGUACUGCCAUCACCAGCAGCAACAGCAGCAGAAGCAGAUGUUAAUAUGAAUGUAGAUCCAUUGGCCACCGACAAUUUAAGCGAUAUGCAACGCAAUCGCCAGCGUGUCAUGUGUCAUGAUGGCUUCGUCCAGUUCAACGCUGAAGAGGAUACGCACAGCAAUCGUGUAAAGUUUCAAAUAGAGUCCACGACAGAGCUUGCCCAGAAUCGACGUCGGGUGAUGGCUAGUGAGUUUGAUAUUGUUAUGAGUCAACCGGAGGCAACAGGAAAAUGGAAACGAACUGAAAGCGAUGAUCUGCAACAGAAUCGACAUCGUGUGAUGGAAAGCCACUUCGAUAUUGGCAUCGAAUCGGUUGAUGAUAAAAAAUUAAAUUUAAGACUUGAUGUGAAUCGUCUGCAAGUAGAGUUACCCACUCCCAUGUCUACCACAUCGGAUGUGGAAAUAGAAGAAAAAUAUGCAGAUAACUCCUCUGAUGAUCUGGCCAACAACAAUUACGAUAUGAUAGGAAACGAAGAUCAGCAAGAAUCUCCCACCACCAGUCCCACCAUUCCCAAACCGGCGGCACCCACUCUGGAUCCCACUCCCAAUUCCAUUCCAGUUCACAUGCCGCCUGAACAGACAAGACCAAGCUAUCACAUUCCUUCAAACAUUGGAUUGCGAACCGAGACAAAUAAGAGGGAAUGGGAUACGGUGACCAAAGCUAGCAAUCCCUAUAUGAUACGACGUUGCCUGCAAAUGUCGAUAAUGAUACCCCUGAAUACUCAUCUAUCGCUGCUUCGCAGUGAGAUCUUUCGCAUCUUUAAGGACUUACGAAUCUAUGACCAUUUCCGUCAGCUGCGCAAUUAUUUUUUUCUCUUAGAUGGUCAGUUUAGUAUGCUGCUUGCUCAAGGUAUUCUCGGUCACAUCAAUAAGGGCUUGGAGUCACAUCGGCUAUGCCAGAGGGGCCUCUUGGAUGGCAUACUAAACAAUGCCAUCAAUGCGGGUGGCACGGAUGAAACUGCAAUUUCACAGAAUCUCUCAUUUAGUUGUCUGGAAGUACCGGAAGGCAGAGAUCUUAUGCCAUUAGAUGUUCUAUCGAUGUUAACUCUGGAAACCAAGAUUGAUUGGCCUCUUAAUUUGGUGAUUAGCAGUGAGACGAUUCGAAAAUAUGGUGAAAUCUUUCGGCAUUUCUUUAAAUUACGUCAAAUUGACUAUGUGCUCCAAUGCUCUUAUGAGUUCCUUCAUGAGCAGGGCAAGCUACAUGGCCGACGAUUGUGUAUUGCCCCACAUUAUCGACACUUGCAGAUGAUGCGACACAAACUGUCGCAUUUUGUGACCACACUCCAAAAUCAUUUGGUUUCGACAGCAUUGCAGGCACCGUGGAAGAUAUUCAAGGAUGAAAUGCGCACAGCUGACUCCAUUGAGACCCUCUACAGGCAGCAUGUAUCCUAUUUAAAGAGAGUGGCCUUUAUGGCCCUGAUAAAUCGACACAGCUCGAAAAUUAAGGAAACUGUUGAUAGCAUCCUAGUGAUAGUUCUACGUUUUUGCAAAGUUUUGCAGACACAAACAUUCACUCUGGAUGCCGAAAAUCAGUUUGUCCAUCCACGCUAUAAGCGUUUAGUGUACGAGGAAACCGAAUUCAAUAAAUUCAUGCAGUAUCUCAUCUAUUUGGGCAACAAAGUUGCAACCUCCGGCUAUCAAGAGGAAAUUGGCGACCUGAUACGUAUUAUUAAUUAUAAUAACUACUAUAAAUUGUCCACCACAGAGGGCGAUGGCAAAUUUUAAACGCUUAACGAACGAAAUUUUAGAAUCUCUCUGGAGUGUUAGCAACAUUUUAAAAAAGGAACUAUGAAACUAAAUCAAAUGUUUAUUGUCAAAUUCUCGCUGCUUUAAAAACAACACAAACAAACAACAAAUGGCGAAUAUAUCAGCUUCGAAUCGAAUUUAGUGAAUCUGUUAAAAUAAAUAAAAUAUACAUAUAUGUAUACACAUACAUGUA